AUGUCGAGCAGUCGUGGCUUGGAUGACUCGGCCGCGGGGGGCAAUGCGUCGGAUUCUGAUUCUGAUUAUGAGGAGCUCCAAGAUGAUAUCGCCAAAUUUGAUCAGUCAGUAAGAGAGUUCUUGCAUUCUCACCAAGAACGGAAUGACUCACCGUUUCCAACGCGUGGCGUGGCUAGGGGACGAGGCUCUCGAGGAGCUCGAGGACCUCGCAAAGCCGCCAAACCUCGAGGAGACAUUACGGCAAGGUUGGCCAAAGUCAACCAGGCAUUUCUUCUUGGAGAUUACUCAAGAGCUUUGGACCUCGUAUCUGAAGUAAUUAGAAUCAAUGCUGAAACACACCAAGCCUGGACGGCGUUGUCGUCCAUCUUCCGCGAGCAAGGCGAGCAUGCCAGGGCAUUAUCUGCCAUGGUAUAUGCUGCUCACCUUCGACCCAAGGAUGUUACUGCGUGGCUUGACUGUGCAUCCUUUGCGCUCAACAUUGUAUCUGAGGAUGAGGCGAGCAACCUUCAUACGGCAAGGUUGUGCUACUCUGCUGCCCUGAGAGCAGACCCCACGAACCUCGCUGCUAGGCUGGGCAAAGCUACUGUUUGUCAUCAACAAGGCCAUCUAGCUGCUGCGAUAGCAGAGUAUAACAUUGUCCUCAAGCACCAUCCGUAUGAUCUCGAGAUCGUACGGAAGCUGGCAGAAGCUUGCAUUGAUAAUAAGAAUACUGAGGCCGCCGUCCCUUCCGCUAUCAUGGCAUAUCGACGUUAUUUUGACUAUGAAAUUGAGAACACACCACUUCACGGCUCAAGCGCUCCGUGGCAUGAUAUCGGAAUUUAUGUGGAGCUCAUCGCCUCAACUGGUGCAUACGCUGAAGCCAUUUACGAACUGAAAGCGUUGUCCAGAUGGCUCGUAGGCCGUGUUCAGGAGCAAUACUGGGAUCAAUGGCAAGCCGACGACUGCGAAUGGGACGAGAAUGACGAGCGUAGAAGUCAUGUACCUCACUUCCAUGACUCGAUGUUUGACCCCGAGCUUUACGGCUCCUCCCUACCUCUGGAUUUCAGAGCUCGACUGGCAAUGUAUAGGCUCAGACUAGGAGAAGAAGAAGAGGCUUUUAGACAUUUGAGCUGGCUGGAUCCAGAUAACCCACCAAGCGAGAUCGCCAAGUAUGGCCAGCCGCAGAGAGCCAUCCGAUAUCUCGAGUUACUUCGGGCCUCCACUGAAGAAGCAGAUGCUACACUCUUGGUUCAAUUAGGCCGUUGCUAUCUAGCUACUGGACAGCAAUCCACAGCAGAGGAGUGUUUUCACGCAGCUAUCGAUGCUGACGAGUAUAACAUCGAUGCCCGUAUUGAAUUGGCAAACAUGUAUGAGAAAGCUAGAGAGGAUGAAGAGGCCCUCAUUCUCGCUGCGGAAGCAAUGGCACUCAAGGAAGCCCAAGGGCAGCCCCCAGCUGCCCAACCACGAGCAGGCCCUAAGCAGGCCAAACCGAAGCCCGCUCAGACGGCCCGUAUCCUGCCCAGGAGAUACCGUGCAAAACGAUUUGCGAAUCCUGAUAAACGCCGUCAAGACGAACGUUCACGCGCCAUCAAACUCUCCCGGCAGUAUGAGCUUGUUCGUGGUCUUAAACAGCAAAUCAAAUCUGGCUCCAAUGAUCUCAUCCCAGUCUGGAUGGAAUCUUGUAAGGAGCUCGUCGACGAUUUUCGAUCUCUCAAGAGAUUCUACACCUGGGAUAAAUACCUUCAUUUUCUUGGGAAGAAGGAGCUGCUUGAGCAAUUUGCGAACGAAGAAACAAAUACCGAAUUAUCACAGAUGCUUGAGCGCCUUAAGCGAUCGCUUGCUCCUCAACCCGACAGCUUACCAGGGCCAGCAUUCGAUAAUCAUCAAGGAAUAUCAUUCGAUGACUGGCUCGAUUUAUUUCUCGAUUAUGCCAUUGGAUUGUCCCUUGCACAUCGUCGCGAAGAAGCAUACCAGGUAUGUGAGUCCGCAAGGGACUCGACUGUGUUUCAAUCAGCCCACCACAAUUUCGCCAUUCAUAUGGCUUGGAGCGUGUGCGCUAUUAAUACAAAUGACGAAGAGAAAUGUAUUACGGUAGCACGUCACUUGAUGAGAGACGGAGGAAUAUCUGACUCUUCGCGGAUGUUCGCACUGCUGUCCAGGUUGUGCCAGUCACCUGUUUCAUGGUACACUUCUGGACCAGCCCAAAAGUUUAUCUUGAGACAGAUUAAAGCAAUUGACAUGAGCUAUGAAGCCGCAACAAAGAAUGCCGGUAAUAAUGACCUCGAUCAAGAUGCAACGGCUGCCGCAAAGAUGAAUAUGGACAUAUGUCUGUUGAUGCUUUACGGUCAUAUUCUUUUCACUUCUACGAGCUAUACGUAUGCGAUAGGAUACUUUCUGCGUGCGUGGUCUCUUGACCAUGAGAAUGCCAUGGUCAACUUAAGCCUGGGCCUUGCAUAUGUCCACUAUGGCCUUAAGCGACAGUCAACCAACCGCCAAUACCUGCUCCUACAAGGACAAGCUUUCAUAAGCCACUAUGUGCAAUCUGGGGGAGAUGAACCACAACUCCAAGCCGAGAGAUUUUACAACGUGGGGAGGCUCUUUCAGCUGCUUGGUAUUGGCUACCUCAGCCUACAGUACUAUACAAAGGCAUUGGAAGCAAACAAGUUGGCAGGUGGAAAGAAGCUUUUGAAGGAUAUAAUCUUCGUCAACGAAACCAUAUCCUUGCUAUCAACUAAUCAUAAGAGCCUAGCACAUGAAUUGCUAGUAAAAAACCUGAAGCUGUAA